GGGGGGGGGCGGGUCAGACUGCUCACUACUAACCCCAGAGAAAUAAAAGGAAACACACAAACAAAACCUGCAGGAUCGGUUUUGCUUUCACAGAAAAUGAGUGCCUGAGGAUGGUACACUGUAAUCUUGUUUGAUGAGGAAACAAGUUCCCAAUGGUAAAGACUGUUUGAACAAAACCAGAAAUACAAAUGGGUUCCUUGAAAAAAACAAAAGACCUCUUCUAAAAAUAGAGAUGACAUACAGUGGGACUGUUGUGAGAUUAACUUGUAGACAGAGCCUGAUAGAUUUAGUGUAUAUUAGAUUAAAGCUUUUCAGCAGCGCUGAUCUACUGGCCACUUAACGCUGCCUUGUCUGGUUUCUCCUGAAAUCUGUGGCUGUGUGCCUAGUUUAGACAACUGUGCUGUCAACUGUGACCUGUGGGUAGUCAGGGAGAUGCUGCUUUCAGGUGCUGUCAGAAACCUGUCAACUCCCUUGUGUGCCUGCGCAAAUAGGUGAGGAUGGAUCGUCUUUGAUGGCUAUGCUCUGCAGAUGUGAUAACCACUGUCAGCCUAUGCAUUUUGCCAGGGAAAUAGAUUAAGUUGAGCGGGGAUCAAUCUAUUAUUGAGCGAACCUCUGAUGUAUGGCUGAAUGUUUGUGUGGUAGUUAGCACUGUCACUUCACAGCUGGGGAGCUCUUGGGGCCCGUAUGUGUAGAGUUUCCAUGUUCUUCUGGCGCUUUGACUUCCUACAAAAACAUGAACGUUAAAUUCAUCAGUGAUUCUAAAUUGCAAAGAUGCAGAGAUGGAUGGGAAAGCAAUGGCCGGGUGGAGGGGACAAAGGGGCUGCUUAAACUGGAAAUGCACAGCAAAUAUGAACAAAAUAUGACAAUAGUAAGAAAAUGUAACCCCUCCCUACAUAUUUAUUUUAGUGGCUACACAAACACGUGGAAACAUGAAGCAUUUUGUUUUAUUUGUAUGUUUUCGGAGCAAAACACAUGUUCACAGAUAGCCCUAAAAUGAAAACAUCUAAAAUAUAGUCACAAAUCUCCGUAAAUGAUGCACUAAAUACACUACUGUGCUGAAUUCAAUUACAGCCAGUAUAACAGCGGCAAAGGCCUCACUGCAGCCAUGCUCUUGCUUUUUCUUGUAUUUCCAUUGGAGUAGAUGCUGGCCGGACGUGUGUUUAAGUCGGUGUAAUAACUGACCCCUUCACCUCUAAAUUGUACAAUGACUGAGCUGCAUUCCACCUAAAACGCGAGCUGGCAAAGCUGUAAAGUGAAGCCGCCAGCAUCCGCUUUUAAAUGGCAGCAACUCAGACGAGUUUCGGAUGUACGUGACUGACUUGAAGGCAGCGCAAGCCCACAUAAUUCCCUUCUUCAGCACCAGGAACAGAGGGCCAGCCCGCAGAAGCCCUUCCGGAGGCUGAUAAUCCCCAUCUCCACACACGCAGCGUCAGUACUGCCAGGAAGGGGGUCGCCAUCACUCACCUUCCCCGGGAAACACAUUCUGGAAACUAAUGCAAUUUACGGCCGAGAGGUCCGCCCUCAGGAGAAGACAUGGAUGCCUGCGCCUCACCUCGUUCAUUGUGUAAAUAGCCAACCCUGACACCGAUAAGGCGAGUCUGUAUAAUGUGACGGUUGCUGCCGCCGCCUUUCGUCCACAGUUGGGAGAGACGACAGAAGCUCCUCGCGCGCGUUAUCUUCAUUCCAGCCGCAGCACCAUGGCGCGCGCGUGCCACCUGGCUUUAACUUUUCUGGCCGCGGCUCUUUGGCGGGUCGGCGGAGAGCCACCGACUCUGUUGUCCGCGACCCCGUUAAAUUCCACGUCCUCGUCGUCGUCGUCGUCGUCAUCGCUGUCCACCACCGGCCAAGGUGAAAUGACGAGGAACGCCACGGACGCCGCCGUGGGAUCCCGGAUUUCGUUCCUCGCGACGCAUCUGCCAACUCUGAAAAACAUCGUUAUUUUCGUCUGCGUGUUAACGGCCGCUGUCAUCACGUGUCUGGUCAUCAAGGUGAUCAGAUCUGGCCGGCGGAUCAGGAAGACGCGGAAAUAUGACAUCAUAACCACGCCGGCCGAGCGCGUGGAGAUGGCCCCCCUGAAUGAGGAGAACGAGGACGAGGAUGACUCGACCCUCUUUGAUGUCAAAUACAGGUGAAUCCAGAUGCGGACAUCUGCGUUUUUUUUCUCUUUUUUUAACUCCUGCCCUGCUCCUCAACUCAAGUCCUGUAAUUCCGCAUUGCCACUGAAGUCUUGUCCUAUCAGCGACUCCCGUUGCCUGUGCAUGGCUUUUAUCUGCGUCGAAGUGACUGGCGCCGUCCAGCUAUCGCCGUCUCCCGUCUUGCGAGGGCCUCUGUCAUGUGAUCCGAAUAACCUGCUCAGCUAUUCCCGAUGAUAUGGAUGAGCGGCCUCCACAUCGUUACCUCACAUGUCAGCUAACUGCCAGACUCCAGGUGGUCUGGAGACGAACGUUCUCCUUCACAGAGCAAAUUAUGAUGUUGAAAUGAUAUCAAAUAGUUUUUCAUACCUUAGCUACAGUCUGACGGGGAGAGUAGUUAACAGAGGACAAGUCUGCCUGCAAGCCAUUUUUACAAUGAGUGGGUCAGUCAAUGUAAGGAGUUAAUGAACCAGCGGAUAAUGUGCAGAAUUCUUUAGUCUGUAAAACUUACAAGUAUCUAUUAAGAUAUAGUAAAUGUUUUCAUGUUUUUAUUUUUAAUGUCUGACCUUCUAACCACUUUAUUGUGCUUAAACACUGUUAAAGGCUUUCUGUAUGAAGUCUGUUCAUAUUUUUUACUGUAUGUUGCUUCAGGUUUCGGUCUUACCUUUGCUGCUACAUCAGCUGACAUUUGAAGAUUUCACAUUGGACUCAAAAACUUUGAAUGCCAUCGUGAUACAUCGGUGAGAUAAAGUAUGUGUGCGUGCGGUUUGUUUUGAAUGUGAGUGCGUUAUUCAGAGUUAAUUAAGCGCGUCAGACUGUGACCCAUUUCAUUUAUUCACCGGGCCUACGACUGAGCGCUGGUCGGUCACAGGUUUACAGCGAGCCGCCCAGAUGUCCACUUUAGAGUCAGGAAAAGGUCAGGCUGGUUAAGAAAUGCUGGAAAUGAUCCACAGAGGCAUCAAACAGGAGGUGAACGCCUACUCGUCAUGUUAGGCCUCCACUGUCGGGCUUCACCAGAGACUCAGAAAGAAAACAAGUCCUGUUUUUUUUUUUGUUGUUGUUAUAAGUCAGUGUUAAAACGGGGAGAAUUUUCAAUGUAUGUCUUUAAUCGCCAGCCGCUGUCUGAAGGCAGUUCCAGGCGGAGCUGAGUGGGUUGUGUGGGUGACCUUCUGUUUAGAUCCAUGCUGGUAACUGAUCCUGCAGAUGACCUCGGUUCAGUGUGAGAAAAACGCCAACUGACUCAUGCAAAGCCCUUUUGAGCUUUUUCUGUCAAAGUAAAAAGAACACGGGGAGACUUCUCCGGGCUUCAGAAAAAGGUAGUCGACAUUUUCAGAUGGAGGUCGAUUAAAUGUGAUGUUUAACGCUCCAUGAAAUCUGAGUCAAGCGUAUUUUUGAUAGGAUCUUCUCCAGUACACCUUCAGCCAAAUGGGGGCAAUUUAGCUUGUUUUCCAGCGUGACCGCUUAUCAGAUCAGUGUUGUAACCUGUGUCAUUUUAGCAACUGCAGAUCCAUUUUUAUGCCUCUGCUCAGCGGGUCUCAGGAGACUUCCCCCCGGGUGAUGUCUGUUAUUUCAUCCUGUGUUGUGCGUGUAAAAUCGUGGAAAAAUCCUGCUUCUGUAAAGAUGCUAAUUGUAGACUUUUAUUUGUUUCGAAUCAUCUGCUACAGAAACUUGCUCUUGUAAAACAAACCAAAGUUGUGGCUGCGAAAAGAAAAAAGAACCGUUGUAUGUUAAAGCUGUUUUGGGGAGUUGACGGAAAACAAGCCUGACGCAGAUGUUAUGUGCACCCACUUCUGUUUCCACGUCUUUAAAACGCCACAGAAAAUAAAACGGCUUCCUUUGAAGAGUUCAACCUUUUAAAGGGUGAGGCUGGAAAUCUUUUCCCGUUUUGAUAUUUUGGGUUCUUUUUUUUCUUUUUUUUUGCCACAAAAAAAAAAAGUACAUUCACACUGUCAUAACAGCACGCUUCAUGUGUUCAUGACUAGUUUCAAGUAUUUGACAAAACUUUAGAUAUGAAUGAAUAUGUUGUAUUCGUUUAGACAAACAUGCAAAGGC